CCUAUCCCCACCAUGAAGUUCAGCAGCCUCUCUCCCCUCGUGCUUCUUGCCCUGGGAACCCUGGCACCUUGGGCAGUGGAAGGUGCUAGAAAUGCUUCGAAAGCUGGAGCCUGCCCUCAUAUAAUACCUGCCCAGUGCCUCAGAUACGAGGAGCCCGAGUGCCAGAGUGAUUGGCAGUGUCCAGGGAAGAAGAAAUGUUGCCAGGAUGUUUGUGGAAUCAAAUGCCUGGACCCCGUUAACAUCUCGAGCCCAGUUGAGAAGAAGCCUGGGAAGUGUCCAGUGGUCUAUGGCCAAUGUCGGAUGCUUAACCCCCUCAAUUACUGUGAAACAGACAGCCAGUGCCUGGGUAACCUCAAGUGCUGCAGGGGCAUGUGUGGGAAAGCCUGCAUUUUCCCUGUGAGAGCCUGAUUCCUGCCGUUUGGAAGAGGCUCUGGAUCCCUACUCUGUGCGGUCCGAGAAUUCCCUUUUUGCUCCCAGACCUGGAUCCCUGGGGCACUUCACCGUGAAGACUUGGUUCUACCAUCAAUAUCUCCUUUGGGGAAAGGCUGGGCACACAGUAGGCUUUCAGGAAAUGCCUGUGGAUUGGUGAAUAAAUAAAUGAGCAUAUUUCUCU